AUCGGAGCAGCGAGGGGGAUUUGCCGUGUGGGGAGUCUUCUGCGUUAUCUGAGGUGUACGUACACCUGAAGCUGCAGCAGCACUUUUUGGGUCUCGUCAGUUCUAUUCCUUUUCCUCAUUUAAAUUCCAUUAUUCAAAUCAACUUGGGCCCUUUUGCAAGUCCUCCCGAAGAACAGAACGCCCCGCAGGAGCAGGGAGACGGUGAACCUGAACUGCUGCUGUUUCGAAAGCCAGCAGCAGCAGCAGCAGCAGCAGCAGUAGAAGUAGGGGAUAUAGUGGAGCAGCAGGAGAGCGGAGGCACAAGUCCGUCAGCAUCAGAAGAAGCAGCAGCAGCAGCAGAAGAAGCAGCAGCAGCAGCCUCAACUGCCUCCUCUGCUGCUCUUGAAGAGAGCAGCAGCAACAAAGGCAUUUGGCAGUAA